AUGCCCGGUAGCAGGGCCUCACCAACUCGUCUUAUGCAAACGGCCUAUAACACAUCGCGAAGCAAUCCCAAUUCCAUCCCGGGGCGGCGCAGCUUUCACCUCAGCGCUGUAGGAGAUGCCGUAUUAUGGACAGCUGACAGCAUCACCUUUAUCCACCACGCCGGACUGCCCUGGUACAUCUCCAUCCCUCUCGUGGCCGUGGGCGUAAACUUCUCAUUUCGACUCCCGAUUCAGUAUUACACACGGCGCCUUGUGGUCACCAGAAACAGACUGACUCCGCUGGUCACGGCCUGGAGUUCUCGACAUGCCAUGACAGUGAAGCACGGCCAGGGCGAGGAUGCAGAGCGACUGUGGAGGCUGCGAGUUGCUGGUCUGACGGAGAGGUCUCGGUCAAGGAUAUAUAAGAGCUGGGGUGUGCAAAGAUGGAAGUCAUUCGCUCCCUUCCUGAGCAUGGCGCCCUUUAUUAUCGUGUCAGAAGCUCUACGACGACUCUGUGGCGCCCCCACAGGGUGGCUCAGUCAUUCGUUCGGGUUGGUAGACAUCCAGGCCGUUUCAUCAGCUCUCGAGCUAUCUCGCCGCUAUCUCGACGAAUCCCUGGUGGAUGGCGGGUGCCUCUGGUUCACAGAUCUCACUGCCAUGGACCCUUAUUAUGCGCUUCCCGUCAUCUGUUCGGCGCUGCUUGCGCGAACGUCGUGGGGUAGGCUGUCAAAGGACCAGCUCAAGGCUUUGCUGAGCGUCAGUCCUCCUCAGGUGCCACAAACUCCUAUUAUGAGAAUUCGAACGGCGGUAGGCCGGACGCUUCUCUUGAUACCUCUCUUCCCCAUCCUCUUUGCCGACCUACCUAGCGCAAUUUUCUUAUACUGGGCAUCAACAUUUGCUCUCAACGAUGUCAACGAGGCCAUCCUCGGGAAAUGGCUUCCAAAGGAGACGCAGAAACUAUCCAAACCCACUCAGAAGCCACUGGCAGCCUUGCCAUAUUUACGAGGAACAGUAGAUGCCAAACAACAACCAGAUGCGAAUAGAUGA